CUGACUUGAAAGAAAAGUUCUGUUCUCUUGAUAUUUUUUUAAAACAAAAUGUGAAUUUAAUUGCUGUGUUCAUUUUUUUCCAUAAAUUAAUUACGUUCAACUUAAUUUUGGCAAAGUAUUUUCGAUGGUGAUAUGUUAGUGAUUGAAAUAACAUCUUGAAUUAAUUUUAAUAAGAACUUUUAUCAAAUUCGACAUUGAUUUCAUAAAGCAUUAAAGACUCUUAUAAUAUUUCUUUAUCAAAUAACAAAAACAUGCAUUUGCAUCGAUUUUGAAGUACAUUUGAUCGAGAUAUGUGCUCCAUUGACGUCUUUCACUUACUUUGAGAAUUCGGUGUGAAUUGCGUCCUGAAAACCGACCGGUAUUUUUUUAUGUGUGUGCAUUUCGUAAUUUAUUACCCAGGGCAAGUUCUAGAACGAACGAGUUGAAAAUAAAACGCGAAAGUAACGGAAGUAGACAAAAGAUAAAAAGCAGCAACCGUCACUGAUAGUAAAAUCACGAUAAAAUGCCGCCACUGAAAAUAACAACUAUCGGCGAUGGUAUGAUUGGAAAAACGUGUAUGCUCAUUACACACACCAAAAAUGAGUUUCCAGAGGAAUAUGUGCCAACGGUGUAUGAAAACCACACAUGCAACCUCUCCGUUGACGGCAAAGACUAUACGCUCACAUUAUGGGACACAGCCGGACAAGAGGACUUUGAUCGAGUGCGAUCGCUAAGCUAUCCAAAUACUGAUUGUUUCAUUAUUUGUUAUUCGAUAUCCAACCGAGCAUCCUUCAACAAUGUGCUCUCAAAAUGGUACCCAGAAAUUCAGCAUUGCUCACCGAGUGUUCCAAUCAUCCUUGUUGGUACAAAAAGCGAUCUACGCUAUCCUAAUUCAGAAAAAUUCGUGACUUUGAACGAAGCAAAGAAGUUGAAGCAGAAAAUCAAAGCAAAGGCCCUGAUCGAGUGUUCGGCAAUAGAGAAGAAAAACAUUGAUGCUGUAUUCCUAGAAGCUGUACGUGCCGUUGUAAAAAAGCCAAAUGUUACGAUGUGUCCAUGCACAAUAAUCUAAAUUGUUAAGAUUUUAAACGGGCGAUAUGUUAUUUUUACUGAUACAGAGUGAAUAGAACGUACACUGUACGUCGUACAAUGCCAUCUACGAGUUCAACGGCGCACUAUGGGCAUAAAGUUUCAAAACACAUAAACACGCAGUUCACAUAUGUUAGUAAACAAGGUUAUCACUGUAAUAUUCACUAACUAAAUGGUUGCGAGCAUUUUAUCAAUUAUUAAUCGAAUGAGAAAGAUUCUUAACACCAAUUAAUCAUAAACUCUGUAUCAGUUUAAAUAAUUUAGUAUAAUGUUAAUGGUGAUUCAUUGACUUCUUAUUCUAAUACAAUUUAUUUUUUCGUAUUUUGCAUCAGAACAAGAAUAUUCUUAAUCAAUUUAGAGCGAGUAUUUGAUUUAAGAGCUUUUGAAUAACAAAUAAAAAUGCCGA